AUGGCGUGCUACGCCGCCCUCCUGCACCAGCCGCUCGCCCCGUGCUCCUCCUCACGGCUAGGCGGCGCCUCGCGUGCCCCGCGCCUCCAGCGCGUAGUCCUUCCGCUCUCUUCCGCCUCCGCUCGCGCCAGGAUCUCCCCGCGCUGCUCCUACUCCGCUGGCGCCGGCGCCGCCCCUGGGGAGCCGCCCGCGGCGGCGCUCCGGCGGGUCCUGGAGACGCCGGGCGCACACCAGGCGCCCGCCUGCUACGACGCAUUGAGCGCCCGCCUCGUCGAGCGCGCCGGGUUCAGGGCCUGCUUCACGAGCGGUUUCUCAAUAUCUGCUGCGCGGUUAGGAUUACCAGAUGUUGGUCUCAUCUCUUAUGGGGAAAUGAUUGAUCAAGGACGUCUAAUCACUGAAGCAGUCUCGAUCCCUGUGAUCGGUGAUGCUGAUAAUGGUUAUGGAAACUGUAUGAAUGUCAAGAGAACAGUAAAAGGAUUUAUUAAUGCUGGUUUCGCUGGAAUCAUUCUUGAAGAUCAGGUGUCGCCAAAAGCAUGUGGACAUACACAAGGAAGGAAGGUUGUCUCAAGGGAGGAAGCAAGUAUGCACAUAAAAGCCGCUGUAGAUGCCAGGAAUGAGAGUGGCUCUGACAUUAUUAUUGUGGCAAGGACAGAUUCUCGUCAAGCUAUGUCUCUUGAUGAAGCAUUAUGGAGAGUACGGGCCUUUGCUGAUGCUGGAGCAGAUGUUUUAUUUAUUGAUGCCCUUGCCUCAAGGGAAGAGAUGAAGGCAUUUUGUGCUAUUGCACCUGGAGUUCCAAAAAUGGCCAACAUGUUAGAAGGCGGUGGUAAAACUCCAAUACUGAGCCCUGUUGAACUUGAAGAAAUAGGUUAUAAAAUCAUAGCCUAUCCAUUAUCUCUAAUUGGGGUAUCGAUGCGUGCAAUGGAGGAUGCUCUUGUUGCUAUAAAGGGUGGUCGCAUACCUCCUCCAGGCAGCUUGCCAUCAUUUGAAGAGAUCAAGGAUACACUCGGGUUUAACCACUAUUAUGAAGAAGAAAAACGAUAUGUUGUGACAUCAGCCCAAUCAUCGUACAGGACCGGUUAUCAUGAUUACACAAGUGAACCAAGCAGUCCAGGAGAUACCAGGUCCACGACUGAAAAACCACAAGAACCUGUUAUUGACAUAUUGCCUCAGCUCUAUGAUGUUGGUUCCAGCGGCGGCAGAGGACCAUCAACUGGAAUGUGGUCUCGUACACUUCGACUAAAGAUUACAGGAAGAGAUGGAGUCCAGAAAAUUGAUGCCAGAAUACCUGCCGGAUUCUUAGAAGGGAUGACAAGAAUUAUUCCAGGCUUGGCUGGAGCUAAUAUCAUGGAAAGGCUUCGGAAUGCACCUAUUGAUACCGACAACCCCCAAAACGGCCAGAUACUGCUUGAUUUUGAGGAUUCGAUGGGAGAUAGGAUCCAGGUGUUCAUUGCGUAAGCGUGCCUAUGCUGCCUUUGCUGGUACACUGAAAGCAUGGACGUUUCAAGUGACCGCAGGGUCCAGGCGUCUUGCUCGUUGUGUUAGCCAGUGAGCUAGUGGAAUCCAAUCUAGUAGUUGAAGCAGAUGAUUUAAACAUCGAUUAUGUCGAUGAACUAUUUACAAAUGACAAGGUUUAUGUGCCAAAAAUCCUGAAUUUGAUUUCAAAUAAUGAAGUAAUUCUUGAUGAGUUAUGAAA